AUGAUGAUGCGCCCCGCGGCAAGUGAGAACGGCCAGGCAGCGCGCGCGCUCGGCUCACACGAGAACCUGCAGAAGGCCGUUGGAGUCGAACGUUGUAAAUUAUGUACAUAAGUUACCGCCGUUAACCGGAGACACAUGAAUGGCCGGUCGCACAACUCGGAGCCGACAAACCGAAGCAGCGAGCGGGGAAUUGUUUAAACCUACGGAAAGCAUCGUCUGAAUUGGAACACGUACACCAAGUGCUCUCUCUGCCCGUCUCUGUCACAGACCGAAGCUCGACGGCUCCGGUGGGGAUUUUCAAGCCGCGGCGACUCGAUAAAAUGUAAAGAGAAGAGAGAGGAAAAAAACAAACCUACCCGCGGAUUUUUUCUUCUUUUCUAAAGGCUUGUUUUUUAAUGUAUUUUUUCAGUGGGUGUAAAAUAAUUUUGUAGGCAGAAAGCCCGGUGUAAAUGUCGUGUAAAUAACACUAACGUUUGUAAAUAGAUAAUACAGAUCAGUGAGUUUUUGCUAGCUAACUGGGCACAGCAGCUCGUUUUUAAAUGCAUAUAUCGCUGGACUGAAGAGCUACGAUGUUACAUUUGGGUUUACUUGAGGAUAUUCACACAACAGUUUGAGAAAAAACACUGCCAAGAGAGACGUGUGGUUUUCUUUGAUUAGCUCUGCACAAGUGGAUUCUGAGGAAAAUGUAGGAAAUGGUGAGAGGGAAAGUGAGGACAGAAACUAUUCUUCAACAGUUGUGGUCUCCCCCUCCUGUGCUACUGUAAAAUAGCAAAGAAAAGGUGACAGAGACGAAGAGGGAAGACAAGAAUUGUGAGAGAGUCGCCUGUUGUCCAAGGACAGCCUUCACCUGCAGCACUGGAAGAACGGCCUGACAGACUAGAAGGGGGGCGUGGGUAACCACAGAAAGACAGAGAGACGGGGACUGACAGAGCAGCAAGAGUUUGGAGGAGGAGGAGGUCUCGAAGGGGUGGGAAAGGCCAUUCUCAAUGGCUACUGACCCAGGAGAUCCCACAGGCACUGAAGACUCUUCUGAGAAACCUGAUGGACAGAAGGAGGAGGACACGGAGCGAGAGGGCCGGGUUGAGCAACAGAGGGAGAGAACACACAGCACCUCCUUGGACUUCGCCUCCUCCCAGACUCAGGAGGGGAGAGCGACAGGAGGAGAGGAUGGAGGAAUCAGGAGAGGAGGAGGAGGAGGAGGAGGAGGAGAAGCCUCCCAGGAGUGUGAGGAGACUACAAUCAGACCAAUUUCAUUCUCCACACCCUCCUUACCCGACGAUACAGGUCAGAAACGACUGAGAAGGGAAAAGCGCUUCUUCAGGAAAAGCGUGGAGAUUUGUGAAGAGGAUGACGAGGUUGAGGUGGCCCCUGAAGCGCCCCACAGUGCCCCCCACCUGGAGCUGCGCUCCCCAGACUCAGUCUUCACGAGCAAUGCCCAGCAGCAAGGGGGGGCUUCAUCCUGUGCAGCCUUGGGGCAUGACCCAUCUUGUCCAAACUCAGGCCAUGAGCUUGGAAAAGAUGCUCCUUCAUCUGCACCUCCUCAAAGGGGGAAGGAGAGGGACCGUGAACAGGAGGAGGAGGCAGAGAUGAAGGCUGUAGCCACAUCUCCUGGAGGCAGGUUUCUGAAGUUUGACAUUGAACUGGGCAGGGGAGCCUUCAAGACUGUGUACAAAGGCCUGGACACUGAGACUUGGGUGGAGGUGGCUUGGUGUGAACUUCAGGACCGCAAGCUGACCAAGGCAGAGCAGCAACGCUUCAAGGAGGAGGCAGAGAUGCUGAAAGGGCUCCAACACCCCAACAUCGUACGCUUCUAUGAUUCUUGGGAGUCUGUGCUUCGCGGAAAGAAGUGCAUUGUACUGGUGACUGAACUCAUGACAUCAGGGACACUCAAAACUUACCUGAAGCGCUUUAAGGUGAUGAAACCCAAGGUCCUAAGGAGCUGGUGUAGGCAAAUUUUGAAGGGUCUUCACUUCCUUCACACCAGGACUCCACCAAUUGUCCACCGGGACCUCAAAUGUGACAACAUCUUCAUAACAGGCCCUACAGGAUCAGUCAAGAUAGGGGACCUGGGACUAGCCACUCUUAUGAGGACCUCCUUUGCCAAGAGUGUUAUAGGAACCCCGGAGUUCAUGGCUCCAGAGAUGUAUGAGGAGCACUAUGACGAGUCUGUGGAUGUAUAUGCCUUCGGGAUGUGUAUGCUGGAGAUGGCUACAUCAGAAUAUCCCUACUCUGAGUGCCAAAAUGCUGCUCAGAUCUAUCGCAAAGUCACAAGCGGUAUCAAGCCAGCCAGCUUUGAAAAAGUGAAUGACCCAGAGAUUAAAGAGAUCAUUGAAGGCUGCAUUCGUCAGAACAAAAGUCAGAGACUUGCCAUCCGAGACCUCCUGAACCAUGCAUUCUUUGGGGAGGACACAGGGGUUCGGGUGGAGCUGGCAGAGGAGGACACAGGCACCCAGGACUGUCUGGCUCUCCGGAUUUGGGUUGAAGAACCCAAGAAACUGAAGGGGAAGCACAAGGACAAUGAGGCCAUUGAAUUCACUUAUGACCUGGAGAAUGAUAGCGCUGAGGAAGUGGCUCUAGAGAUGGUGAAGUCAGGCUUCUUCCACGAGAGUGAUGCCAAGGUGGUGGGAAAAUCCAUCCGGGACCGAGUAAAUCUGAUCAAAAAGUCAAGGGAGCGUCGACAGCAGCAGCUCCUUCAGCAGGGCUUUGAAGAACGAAGAGACUCCACCCUCACCUCCUACACCUUUUCGCAUCCGUCUUUCCCAUCCUCACUGGGGCAAGGGGCAGCUGGACAGACAGGAGGGGAAGGAGGAGGAGUGCAGGAGUCUGAGGAGCUGCCUGAAGUGGACCAGCAUGUCAGGCAGCAACAUAUUUUCAGUGGGACAGCCCUUAGUCUGCCAGAAGGUGAGAGCAUUGGGUCUGCCAGCUGUGAAUCAUAUGCAAGUGGACAAAGCCAGUCAUACUCUCAGCAAGGGGAGUCAUACACCCACUCCCAGACUGCUCUCCCCCCUAUGAGCACUGGAACAUUGGUCCAUCCUCAAAUGCUUCCCAUUGGUGAGAGUGGAAGUGUUCCAAAUGUGCCUCUUGGUCAGAGUCUUAGUAUGUCCAGCAUGUCUAUUGGCCAAAGUGGAGGAGGACCUGUUGGCCAGACAUUUCUUCAACCUGCUACCGUGGUUCCACAGGUAUCACCAAGUGUACCUCAACAAUAUUUUCAGUCACAAACAUUCCCAGCAGAAGCUUUUCAAACUGCCACUCCCCAUGGAUCAACGGCCCCCUCACAGUCAUACGUACCUCCUGUUUCCCCACAGGCACCCAUUAAUGUUCUCACUGCAUCCAUGCCAGUCAGUGAUCCUGCUGGACUAGCAGGGACCAUUGUGCCCCAUGCUCAGCAGACCCAACACCCUGCCACUCCCAUGCAGCUCACUGACAUCAUUCCCCAAGCUGCACCCCAGCAAACACAGCCUGUCAUGAUCCCUCAGCAGACCAUUGUCCCACAACAACAGAUAGGGAUGGAUCCCCAGACCUCCACCCUACAGCAGCAGCCACAACAGCAAAUGGAGGCCCAGGCCACUCUGCACGAACAACAACAACAAGUUAGUGCCACUCAGCUGCCAACAGAACAACAUCAACAGAGCCUUUCAGCUACAGCUGUCCAGAAACAUCAACAUGAGCCUCAACAGCAGAUCUAUGUACAGCAGCCUGUCCCGCAUGUCCAGCCAACUUCUCAGCAGCACGUGUUGAGUACACAAACAGGUAUGGAGCAGCGAGCUAUGUCAGCACCACAUCAAGGGGAGCAACAUCUGGCUUAUGAACAGACUGGGGACCCUCGUGAGCAGACCAUGAUACAAUCACAACAAUUGCAACAACAACUUCAGCAACAGCCAAGUCUGUUACAACAGCAGCAGCAGCAACAACAAGCUUUACUGCUUGAGCAACAUCAGCUGUACGUCCAGCAACAGCUUGAUCAACAGCAACAACAAACACUGCUUCAACAGCAGCAACAGCAGGCCCAACUUCAGCAGCAGCAGCAAGCACUUAAACACAAGCAUCUGUUGGAUCAACAACAGCAGCAAGCUCUUAUUCAACAGAAACACGAGCAGCAACAGCAAGUUCUUAUACAGCAAGAACAACCACAAGUACUUUUACAGCAUCAGUUAGAGCAACAACAACAGCUGACGUCACAGCAGCAGAGCCAAUUAUAUCAAAAAAUUGGACAACACCAAGCUGGAACUCAAAAAGAGCCAGAGAAGCAACUGCAACUUGGACAACAGCAGCAACAAAUCGUAUUGCAGCAACAGCAGCUACAGCAGACUCAACAGCAGGAACAACAAUUGCAACAGCAAGCCUUAAUCCGACAAAUGGAACAGCAACAAGCACUAAUACAACAACAUUUGCAGCAGCAGUUAAUUUUACAGCAGCAGCAGCUACAACAGAAAGCUCAGCUACAGCAACAAGAGCAGCAACAAGUACAACUCAAGCAGCAGAUAGAGCAGCAACAGCAAGCUCUGUUUCAACAACAGUUAGAACAACAGCGUCAGCAACAAGUCCUGUUACAACAACAAGCAGAGAGAUUACAGCAGCAGGCUCUGAUACAGCAACAUAUUCAAGAGCAGCAGCAGCAACAAGCUGCCAUCAUUCAACUACAGCAAACUGAAAAACAAGAGGCUAUGGCUAUUCCUCAAAGUAACAGUGAGCAGCAGAUUCAGCAGCAACCAACUGAUACAUUGCAUAUGUGUAUCCCCCAGCUAAACGCUACUCCGUUUACACCUCAUACCAUUCAGCAACAGGUGACAGAGCAACAACAGCAAGCAGCACUGAUGCAGCAGCAGCAAGCAUUUGUUGCCCAGCCGCAGCACCACACCUCAGUGAUGGAACCUCAUAUUUCAUCUGGAGCUCCUGCUGCUACUGAGACAAUUCAGCACCGAAGUCAUAUUGUAUCCCAGGUCAACGUGCCCAUGACCAUUCAGACCUCACAAAUCCCUGUUCAGAAGUCUGCUGUUGUCCCAGCACAAGUCCUCACUCAGCAAGGACAAAGGGAAGUUCACUCCCAGAACCAAGGCCAGAUCCCAGUCCAGUUUAUUGCCCAGUCUGCACCCCAGGCAGCUCAGGCUAUGCCUGAGGCCCAAGUAACACCCCCAGUGGCAAUGAUCCAAGGCCAGACGCAAAUCAUCCAGACCCAGCAAAUUCCUUUGCAGACUACUUUUCCUGGGCCUGUCCCUCUCUCACAGAGUCAGAUAACUGCUCAGCCAUUAAUCCAGACUCAGCCUUUGCAUGCAACUAUUACUCAGUCCCAGCCACCACCGGCCCAGGUCCAAAAAGUUGACAUUAAGAUGAUGGGCCAACAGAACCAAGCUACUGCCCAACCUCCUUCUGCAAUUGCCUCAAUUCCCACUCAGAUACAACAUGAGACUCAUGUUCAGCAAAAACCUCCAAUGCCAGGGCUCAUGCAACCCCAGUUCCAGCAACAAAUGCAAGGCCAGGUGCAAGCUCAGCCUGCCGUUGGUCUUUUGACUCAUCAGCAUGUUCCUCAGCCUACCCACCAAUCCAUGCCAUCUGUACAACAGGAUAUAACUCAUAUUUCACAACAGCAGGAGCAGCAGCAUCCAGUGCACCAGUAUCAGACGCUGAUUUUGUCUCCUGGCUCAGCUGGAAGUGUUGGAACUAAAACAGAUUGUCUCAGUACAGUAGUUGACCCUACAAGCUUUGCUACCACUCCUCAUUCUGUGCAUACUAGACAAGCCUAUGUUCCGGGCCAAACAGCACUUCAUCAAGUUGUUCAGGCCCAACAGCAGCCCAUAGCAAGCACUGUUGACCCUUCAGUCAUUCCGUCGAUCUCCCAGCUGGCUAUGACUCAGUCUACUGAGCAAUACCAGCAACAGCUACUGAAGCUUUCUCAAGUGCAGCAACCAAUAGCCAUACCUACCACACAGGCCCAGUUACCAGCACAGCCCAUCCCAACUUCCAUUCAACAACAGGUUCCUCUGCAGCAGGCUUUGAUGCCCCUUGAUGAGAAUCAGCCUCCCACACAGUGUCAACCUACUUCACAUCUAGUGACCCAACCUCCUCCACAGUCAGCUCCUACUCAUGUGGCUGAGCCUCAGUCCCAGAACAGGGCCCUGCCCCUCCAAAGUCACCUAGUGUCAGCUUCCCCUCCAUCUCCGCAGCACCAGGCCAAGCAAAUGCUGCCAGCUCACACACACACACAAACCAGCAGUCAGGCCCAGACACACUCCCAAACACAGACACACGUUCAGACCCAGGCUCAUUCUCAUACUCAGACACACACUGAGACACCAAUUUCUGAACAGCCUGCUCUGCCCCAUGCUGUCUUUCCUGCACAACAAAUGCCCCUCAGCCCUUUGCAUACUUCAUGUCCCCCAACAUCACUACCAUCUGUUCCAUCCUUACCAUCCCAUCAUCCUGCCGCUGCCCCUGCUCCAGAGCUGCCUACAUCUCCACCAGUGGCCCAGGUAACCUUACCAGGGCAGGCCGACUUUAUACCUACCUCCCCUCCACCUGUUGCUACUCUACAACCGCUUGAUUCUAAUGCUCCCAAACUGCCCCAAGCCUCGCUGCAAGACUGUGACCUUUCCCUGCUGGGCAUUGCUCAGGAUGCUCCAUACCUGACAAGUGCAGAACACCAUUCUUCUUCAGGAUCUGUUCCAGCCAAUGGAGAAGACCCACUGCAGCUCUUGGCGAAUGGGAAAUCAGAGAAAUUAAAGGCUCAAAGAAGAGCUUCCUGUCAGAGGACUGAGAAAGUUUCACAUCAGUUUCAACUUAGCAUGCUUCAGGUGUCUGGCAGUGGGGACAAUAUGGUAGAAUGUCAGUUGGAGACCCAUAGCAACAAGAUGGUGACAUUCAAAUUUGACAUCGAAGGGGAUGCACCUGAGGACAUAGCAGAUUACAUGGUGGAAGAAGACUUUGUUAUUGAUGUGGAGAAAGAGAAAUUUGUCGAGGAGCUUAGAGCAAUAGUAAAGAAAGCCCAUGAAAUUCUUCAGACACAUUCACUGACUGGAUCAACUGACCAGUUACAUGUGAGCACUCCAACUAGCUCAAUGGACUCAGUGCCCCAUUCCUCCCCAGUGGGACGCUGGCGAUUCUUUAUUAAUCAGACCAUCCGCCAUAGAGACUCCCUUUCCAGCCAGGGAGCUGCCACAUCACCAGCCACUGCAGAAACGCGGAUUCCCCAGUCCCCUAAAAAAGAGAAGGGUGAGCUCUACUCAGAAAGUGAAGGAUCCCAGGGUCUGGAGUCCUUAACUGAAAUGGCCUCACCCACCUUUGCUACCCUUUCUACUACUUCCCCCCCAGUCUCCAUCGUCUCAGCCCCCACAUCCAUGGCCCCCUCAGCCACCGCUGCCCCUGCUCCUCACACCACUGCUUCUGAAACCGUCUCUGGACCAUCCUCUGUUCCUGUCACUGUUUCAGGUGGUGUUGAACUGCCAGUCCUCAAGUCAGCUCCUGCUGAUCAAAUUCCCAUUGCUCCUUCAACCAUAGCAAUGCCUCUUGCUGCUAACCUCCCCGCCUUGACCACUGCUCCUGCUGUUGUGUCUCCCACACCUACCACCAUUCUUUCUGAUACCCUGACCCCUCCUGGAACCAGUGUUUGCUCCGCUGCAGGUCAAAGUACAGGGGAUACAUUGGUCACUGCUGCAAGUCCAUGUGUGUCUGCACUGGACCAGUCUUCAGGCUCUUUUCAUUCCCCUCCUCUUGCAGCAGUGAUGCCAUCUGUAGUCAGCCAACUUGGCAUAGAUCAGCAGCAGACAUUCACCCAGGUUGCUAAACCAGUCCCACAACAACCACAAUCACAGCCACAGCUGCAGCCUCCAUUACAGCAGCAGGUACUGGCAGCACCACAGCAACUGCAGGCAAUGCAGUUUGAGCAACAGAUACAGCAUUCAACACCACAGCAGCACUCACACCAUCAAAUGUACCAAGAACAAAUUCCACUGCAGCAGGAACAAGCACUGCAACAGUCUCUCCAGCAGUUACAGCAACAGCAACUCAUACAAAAACAAACACUACUUCCACAACAACUAACUGAGGUACAGGUGCUGCCUCCGUCAGGUCAUGCAGAGUUGUUACAACAGUCUGUACCUGUGCAUCCGUUUCUGCCACCAUUGCCCCUACAGCAAACCCAACAACCUGUUGUUCAGCAGCAAACAUCACAAUAUGCCCCACAGUUGUUACAACAACAUCAAAUACAGCAGUUACCACAGCAGAUUAUGGCAACCCAAGCUGCUGUUGUGCCCCAGCAGCAGGAUCAGCAGCAACAGCCACAGUUAAACCUACAACAGACAAUACACGUACAGCAGCAGCAAAUGGUGCAACAGCAACUACAGCCACAGCAACAUCAAAUGCUUAUGGGUUCUGUUCCUUUGAAACCAGAUCAAAACCAAAUGCUGCCCCUGUCAGUUAGUCAACAGUUUCUUCAACAGCAGCCACAGCUAAAUGCUAGCCCUGUUCCACAGCAGCAGAUUCCACAACAGGUCCAAGUGCCUGCUGAGCUAAUACAACAGCACGUGCAGUCACAGAUACAGCUGCAACACAUUGAGCAGCAACAGGAAAUUGUAAAAACCAUGGACACACCCGAGAAACAGCAGCAGUUUCCCUUGCAGAAGCAAUCUUCUUUACAGAUGUCAGAGUCAGAGGUUUCUACGGGAGAAACAAGUGUCACAGACGACACAGGCAGCUGUUCUGCCCCUUUUCUCCCUUCUUCUGACUCCUCUCUGCCACCUCUACAUCUGAGCUCUACUGAAGCCCCUUUACCCACUCUCUCCCUCACAAUGACGCCAUCCCCUGCCCAGCCUUCGUCUGUGGCCGAGUCAGAUAGUGAAGGCCCCCCCAAAAUUGAAUUUGUAGACAACCGCAUUAAGACUUUGGAUGAAAAGCUAAGAAACUUGUUGUAUCAGGAGUACAGCAGUGGGGCAGCACUGGCCGGGGGAGCUGCUUCUGGCCCUACAUCAGCUGCCUCUACGUCAGCAGGAGGUGAUGAGUCUUCUGAACCACAGUCACUUCACCACUCAUCUUUCCCCCCACCUGCCUCCUCCUCAGAUACUUCCCCCCACUCCUCAUCCUCAACUACCUCCUCUACCACCUCUCGUUCCUCCUCUACCUCUCCUGAACCAGAGAAGGAUGGAGUGGGAGAGGAAGGUACCUCAGAAGGGCCCAACUCCGUGGAGCAGGGCCCAGUGGAGCAGCAACCUGGUCCAUCCCUCCCCUCCACCUCUGCCUCAUCCACCCCGCCUACCUCCCUCCUGCCUCCGAAUCAGGAUGACUCUGCUGGGCACCAACGCCCACCUGUACCACGAGAGCCAACCAUUCUUGCUGUACCCCCACACUCUGACACCAGUGCCACUGGAGACGCAUCAUGGCCCCCCAAUCAGCACCCGAUCCCCCUCCGGCAUGGACAGCAGCAGCACAAUGCAGGAGGUGGAUAUUUUGGCCUAAACCUGACAUGUCCUAGUAUCAGAAAUCCUGUUAGCAAGAAAUCCUGGACUCGAAAAUUCAAAAACUGGGCAUGCAAACUGCGCCACUCCGCCAGCUUGUUCAAGAAGCCCAGAGUCCAGCAAGAUGGACAUUCAACCAGCCAGACACUGAAAGAUGACAAGGAGGUGGCCCCAUUAAACCCACCUCAGUCACGCAAAGGGCGAUUUCAGGUGACUCCAGUGCUCCAGACCUCUCUCCCAAAGGAUGUGCCAUCAGGCCAUGGUAGUAGGAAAGUGGGACGCUUCUCAGUAACCCAGACUGAGACCAGGAAAGAGGACAGACAGACUGACAGCUCCCCAGUGUCUCCUGAUUUGGAAAGAGAGAGGAGGAAAUCUCGGGCAAAGGAAGGGGAUAAAGAAGAAAGUAAGAGGACCCCAUCAAUGGCCCACAUGCCUCGAGGUCAUGGGCACAGCCACUCGCCACUGGGCAGCAGCGAUGACGAUGAUGAGAGUGAACUGGAGGAUGAAGACCUGAGAAAAGAAUUACACAAGCUUAGAGAGAAGCACAUCAAAGAGGUGGUUUCCCUUCAGGCCCAGCAGAACAGAGAACUUCAGGAACUGUACAGACAGCUUCGUUCCCUCAAAGACCAAAGGCAGAGUCUGCCUGUCUCGCUGUCCCGAACUCCUCCUCUUCCCACAGGACCUCCUCUCCUCUCUCCUCGCAGACCCAGACCAGCCAAAUCCAAGCUUCGGUCCCGGCCUCACUCUCACAUGGAUAACAACGGAGUUACACACUCUGGGAUGCAGCAGUCAAGUAGUUUUUCUGGUGGUGAGCAGAGUAGACUGUCGUUGUACUGCCACCCAGAGCACCACACUUCACUGCCUGCUAAAAGAGAUCACAGUCCUCUAAGAAAAAGCACAUUCACAGAUGAACUGCACAAACUUGUUGAUAAUUGGACAAAGGAACCAGUCGGCCCCACCCCGCCCAAACCCUCACUGAAUCAAAUCAAGCAGAUUCAGCAAGUGCAGGAGUUGGGAGGCUGGAGUCAGUCAUCAGAGGUGCCUCCUCCAGGUUGGUUUCCAGUGGCACAGCUGAACCCCCAGGCACCCUCGACCCCUGCCAGCUUGACUGUGCCGGCCCCUUCCCAUUACACAGUUGGAGGAAGCCUGUCGACACUGCACUCUCCGGGACCACCACCACCACAAACGCACAUGGCUCAAGUGCCACAAAUGCAGCAAAGUUUACACCUCCAUCAGUCUCUCCCUCUGCAGCAGAUGACCUAUCAGCAGUCCCCACUCCGGCAGCAAAUACCACAGCCCCGGAUGCAAACUCCCAUUCAGUCCCAGUUACUAUCACAGACACAACCCGUCACCCAGCUGCCCCACUCGCUCCCUCAAAGCCAACCGCUGCUGCCUUCCCAAAUGCCCACAUCACCUGUAUCCACAGCUACGUCUCUGUGUGGCACCACUGCACCCACAGAUAGCACCGCUGCUACUGGGGGGGCAUUUUGCUCAUGUUCCUCAUCCUCUUCCACCUGUUCCUCCUCUUGCUCUACUGCUGCUCUACCUUCCAGUGCCAAAAUUCACUCAACACCCCCCACCUCAACUCUUCCUCUGGGACAGAAAUGAAACCAAGCGAAGUGUGAGGUCAAUGUGAAGGUCCAAGAGAUGGAAAUACUACGUGGGUAAGGACGUAAAGCAGAUCCAUUUGAAGUGUUAGUUCUGUGUAUGUGUGAGAGAGUUGUGACCGCAGUGAAUACGUGGAUUCCAGUGGACUUCUGGAUGAGAUGGGAAAUGAAUGUGAAAGAAAGAUGAUAGAUUCUAGCAUGUACAGAUAGGGGGUAACAUGGAGCACAGCAGCUGGGGUUUAUGAAUCAUGAUAUGUUUGGAUGUGGAGAUGUACAAAGUCUUUAAUGUGUGAGUGUGUGCAUUUAUGAGUGUGGUCAGUGUUUAUGGAUUAUCUGAGUACAUAUCACUUAUGUCCUUGGACACAAAUUAACUCAUGUUUUUGUUUGCAAACCAACUCAGCUGGACCUGAAAUCUCACUAAGCAGAGACAAGAAGGACAAAAUAUUUGACAGUGUUGACAUUUUAUGUUUAAUUUGUCAACGCUUACAGUGAAAGGACUGUCAAUUAUAAAAGUGCAAUUAGUAAUGGUCAUCUAAACUGAUCAGCACGUAUUGUAUUGAUUUGUCUGUAAGGCAUAAAUAUUUUUGUAGAAGCACAGUGAUGAAUACCAGAUGCAUAGAAGAUUUUUUCAUGAUCGUUUAAAACUGUAGGCCUGCAGCACAAGGCAUUUCAAUGAAACCUAUUAAAACAACAGCAUGUUAUGCCGUUGAGUGCAUAAAACUUAACUGGCUUUCCUCAUUACCGCAGUGCAACCAAACACACUCUUGCAGUGUCGUGUACCGGAACAGCAUGUGCUUAAUUUGUAUUGUUUAUGUUUGUACCUGAAAAAGGUCUGAAUCGACCAGAUCAGAUGAAUUCAUAACAUGAUGGUAAAUUGAAAUAUGCCAUCUGUGUUCAGUGAAUGCCUUGGUACACUCAGCCUAAGACUGCAUGACCUUAUGACUGACUUGACUUGCCUGAGUGCAAACUGCUUGCACUUGCUGUAUAUUCAUGAAUCUCACAGUUACUGUUUGCGGCCUACUGAGGUAAUCAGUCAUGAGUAAAUUUGCUUUCGGUAUGAUAUGCUUUCACAUUUGACAUUUUUGCUUUCAGUUUGAGCUCCACAUAUCAAACUAUAUCAGUGUCAUGCUGAGGAGGAAGAUGAAAAAGAAAAAAACUGCCAAGUUAUUAUUGACAGGGGAAACCAUAUGGGUUAUUCUAAUAUUGCCUUUUAAGAUUACUGCAUUUUUGUGAGUGUGUGAGUGUAGUUUUCUGUGUGACAAAGCUUUGUGAUAGUCCCAUCGUAUAAUGCGUUAUCAAUUGCAUCCUUGUUUCUUUCAUUCAGAGCAGCCUCGCAAAUGUCACUGUACUCAAAUGGAAAUGUUUACCAAUGUUUUGGGCUCGCUUCCUCAAGAAAUGAGAUCUUAGAUCAUAUGCCGGCUGUAAAUUUGAUGUUCAACACUGUUGUGAGAUCCUCACUUGCCUAUUUGUCAGCUUUAUUUGGCAUUGUACAAAUUCCUUAUUUCAAUUGUGAACUACUUAGUCUUUGACAAUAGGCUGUCGGUGUGAAAGCAUCGAUCAGAAGCUCAAAUGUGGGCCAUAACUGUGCUUUAUGCACACCGCUAAACGUUUACUCAAGUCAAAAAUGUUCCUUUCCUCAAUUCAAAACUCAAGACAUUUGUCAAUGCAGAGAUACGCAUCGAUAAAUGAUAAAUAAGUAAUAUAUCAGCAGGGGAUAUAUUACUGUGCAUUUUAUUGGCUUUUCAGUGCACUUAGCCAUACACACAUUUGACCAUUAAUGGUCAGGCAUUAAUACAUUUUUUGGUGUAAUAAGUAGCCUGUAGUCGAAGCAGCAUUUCUGUUUUAUUAGUGAUGGAGAGAUUGUGUGCCACAGAAAACAGCAGAUUGUACAGGAUGGUAAAGACUGCUAAAUGUGAGUCAAAGACAUAAAAAAACAUGAACGGUUAAGGAGGAAUAGUUCAAGCUAAAGGAUAUGGUUGUUCAGAAACUGCAUAAUCUAGAAUAUGAAUUAUACAGUUCUCUGUAUUUGUUGCUUUUCAAAACUACCCACAUUUUCACAGAGAUAUUCAUUAUUAGUGAAGGUGAAAUACUGUGCUGUCAUGUCUGAUACUAACAUGUAUCUAACAAGCUGCAGCUUAAGGAUCAUGAUUCAUGAUGUCAAGCUGGCUUUGUCCUUGAAGUGUUACCAAAAUGUUAUCUAAAAAUAAAGAUUAUUUUUGUAUUUUGGAAUGGGGUUGUACAAAUUGUAAAAUGGUGUUCUCAUCACUAUAAAUCAGAGGUUAUUUGAAUCUAGAAAAAGCAUGGUUUUCAUUCCUGUUUGUGUGGGACUCCCUGUUUUGAUAUACCUCUCUGAGUCCUGACAGGCCAGGAUCAUUUCAGAUUAUAAUCAGACCAUUUUUGUUCAUGUUUGGCAUUUUAUUUCAGCUUUGAACAGGAAAAGCCCAGAUGAUACAUCAACAGAAUGACGUUGGCCUUCAAGGCUACAGGUCAGAUAUAAAUUUACAAAUUAACACGACAAAAAUCUGGGAGUCUCAAAAUGGCACGACUGAGAACCAAUGAUAAAAAAUUUGGGCAAAAAAAAAAUCUAGAGAAAAAAGUAUGUUGCUGGUGAUUUAGCCUCUGUAAAUUGUAACUAAUUCAACUGUUGAUUUUAUUUAUGUUUUGUAACUAAUCAAAAUAAAUGAUGUUAAACAUCAAAUUACA